AUGCUCCAAGACCUCGUGCCGCUAAAAGAUAAAGUGUGUGCCAUGAGCGAAACACUUGUUCAGAUGGAGAGCUCGCUUCAAGUAAUGUCUGACAAAUAUGACCAAGUACUCUCCGAACUUUCCCAUCAGAAACAGGAAAUAGGCGCCCUUCAAAAGCGUGUAGACAAGAUUGAACACAGUGCCGUUCAACUGAGCGCGCUGGAAAGCGUAAAACGGGAUCUAAACGACCUUGAGCAAUAUGGCCGGAGGAAUAAUCUUGAAAUCCAUGGUAUUCCUUAUGCCCCGAACGAGAGUCUCUUAGACAAACUAAGCGAAGUUGCAGCAGUUCUGAAUGUGCCUCAGCCAGACACCAACAGCAUCGAAGCAAUUCACAGGCUACCAUUCACACCGGGAAAAAUCCCCGCAGUAAUCGUCCGGUUCACGAACAGAUCCAUUUGUGAACGUUGGCUGGCCAACAGAAGCAAGCUUCGAACCCAUAAAAUUCACAACCAAAACAUAUAUGUUAACGAGAACUUGACCGCAUCCAAUCGAAAACUGUUCUACGACGCUCGAAUGCGCGCCAAGGACUUGCACUACAAAUUUGUAUGGCAUAAGUACGGUGCCAUAUAUGUAAGAAAGGACGAAUCUGCAAAACCCAUCCGUGUUAGCUCCACCGUGGACCUUAACAACCUCGUUUAA